UGGGCGAAGCAUUGCGCGCUUGGCCCCGCUGGGCCCUUGGACUCGCAGGGGACCUUGAUGGUGUGUUCGCCGGCGAAGGCCUCGACGAUCAUGGUGCCCUGGGAGGCGUUGCCGACGGGGAAGGCGAGGGCGUAGGUGCGGCGGGGGACGGUGCAAACCUCCUGGGCGAGGGCGCUCUCCUUGCUGGCGAGGAGCUCGACGGCACGGCUGCCACGGGGGAUGGAGAAGUGAGCGGAGUCCAGGUAUUUGGCGACCUUCGGGGUACGUCUUCUCAAAUCUCAACACAAAACCCCAGCAAUCGUCUAAGUUUCCCUAUUCGGCCGCUCCAAGCCUCCCACCCGGUUGGGACUCCUGAUGACGGAAAAAAUAGAGGAAAAAGAACAGAGGAAAGACGGAAAAAAUUUAAGGAACAGAGCAAUUAAGGGGAAAAAGUAGGAAAACAAAAACCUGCUCUUCCUCAGCAGCGAGGGUGAGGAACGAUGAAGACGAUUUCCAUUCCCUUCUCACCAUCGGCUCCACCCCUUUCUCCGUUGCGGCUGGCCUUCUAUUCCAACAAUUCUCUGCGGUUUCCUCCUAAAUCUCCGGCACUUCGGGUCUCAGCCGACCACUACCGCAUCGAAGUCAGAAGGGUCAGUUAUCGGCCUCCUCGGACCCAGCACAACCUAUUGAGUGAAGUUAGUUUCUCUCUUCCCGAGAAAAGCUUUGGCCUGAUUUUUGGACGAAGCGGAAGCGGGAAAACCACUCUUUUACAGCUUCUUGCUGGACUAUCCAAACCUACCUCUGGGUCAAUCAAUAUUCAAAGAUAUGGAAAUGAUGGAAACCCAAAUGGACCUCCGGAAACGUUGUCGCCAGAAAGGGUUGGCAUUGUGUUUCAGUUUCCUGAGAGGUACUUUUUGGCUGAUACUGUGCUCGAGGAAGUUACUUUUGGGUGGCCAAGACAGAAGGCUGACCUCGCAUUGAGAGAACAACUUGCUUUGAAACUCCAAUUUGCAAUUAAUUCGGUCGGUUUGAAUACAAUCUCAUUGGAGGAAGACCCGCAUUCUCUAAGUGGUGGUUUCAAGCGGCGUCUUGCUUUGGCUAUUCAGUUAGUUCAAAUGCCAGAUUUGCUGCUACUAGAUGAGCCUCUUGCAGGUCUUGAUUGGAAAGCUCGUGCUGAUGUUGUGAAGCUGCUGAAGCAUCUAAAGAAAAAACUAACACUACUUGUCGUGAGUCAUGAUUUGAAGGAACUCUCAGGUCUGGUGGAUCUAUCAUGGAAGAUGGAAAUGGGGGGGAUGCUAAAGGAAGAACCCCUGCCUAUAUGAUGCUACAAGUCCCUUUUCCUGUCUCAGAAGCUACAUGAUGAUUUUACCCAAGACGAUGGAAAGGUCGCUGCAUCUGGCAAACAAUACUACCAUGCACCUUGAAUGAGCCACAACUUGAAUGACCAUAUUCCUGGAUGAUUUGUGAGCUAUCCCUUAAAAAGUUGGUUACUCCUGGGAAUCAUAUCAACUGCUUGUAGUUUGCAGAUAAUGAUCGUGGUAUGUACUGUUGGAGGGAUUUUUUUUUUUUUAAAAAAGAAAAAAUCAGCCAUUAGAAUGUAUUCAAGGAAACCUCUCUGCUGCAGUUCUUGUUUAUGUUAGACGUUAGAUGAUGUAUAUGACUACUAGCUCUCCUCGGAAUAUGGAAGUAUGGAAUUGCUUUUGUUUUCUGUUCA